GUGCGUGCAUGCGGUGCCUGUGUGUGCAGUGAGAUGUAUCGGCUGCUGUAUGCCGCCGAUUUGUGUGCGCGCCGAUUUGUGGGCGAUUUUAAAAUGCGCCAUCGACGCGCCGAGAAUUCGGCGAGACGCGCGGUCGCCGAUGGUCGCCGAAUCUCUCGAUGAGGCCCCCGAGAAAGAUUGAAGAAAUAAUUUUUGCGACGAUCGAUUUAUCAGCAGAGCGAACCGCGGACUGAGAUCUAGGGCAAUGAUUCCAUUCGCGUCUUUGUGUUAAUCGUUUUCGCAAACUUGAAAGAGCAGCCAAGAGCCAAGACAGUAGUCUGUGUUGAUCCCUUUUUUUUAUUGGUUACUCCGUUUCUCAUAUCGUCGUGAUAUUUGGUUCUUUUUGCCAUUGACUUUUUGUCUGUUCACGACACGGCGCCAGGAUUCUCUCUCGACGGCCGCGACUUUUCCUCUCGACAUACACGUUUCUUUUUCGCACGAGGAAAUGGCUUUUCAGCGUUUACUCUUCUCUCACGGUCGCGCGAUAUCGUAUCCUCGACGACCAAGUAGACUGCGAUUCUCGUUAUCCUUCUGGAUCCUCAAUUAUUCCCAGAAUAUCUUUUCUCGUGAGUUACACGAUGUAAGGACGCGAGACGGUGACGUAAAACGCAGGCGUUUCACAUCGUUUUUGACUCCGCUAUCCGCGACGAACACAUCGUCCGUCGGCGUACCGAAUCGGAGAAUAAUUUCGGGCUGCGUGGUGGGAAGAGUUUAGCGGGGGUCCACGGACACCAUCGUGGCCGCCUGGCGUAAGCCGCUCCGAGCUCCGGAGAUGGCAGCAUGGCGCGAGGCACCAUUGCGCGAGGGGUAGAUUGAACCGCUCCGCACCCUGCGAUCAAUAAACUCGCCGAGAGGGAGCAGCCCCGUGACGAGCCGUUCAACUCCGCCACAUUUUGUCUUCCUCCUCCCUUCCAUCUCUUCAUCCCCUCUCGCGGAUCGCUUCUUCCCCGCAACCCCGCAUCCCGCUCGCUCGCUCAAUCUCUCUCUCUCUCUCUCUCAUCGUAACCCUUGCUAUCAGCGAUUCAGCACGUGCACUUCCACUCCGUUCCGUAACGAUAGCACUCUCGCGUUCUGCGGAUUAUCGCGGACCAACGGACACCAAAAAGAAACUCUAUGCUUUUUCCACAAUUUUCCUCGCGACUCUAAUCGCCUUGUUCUUGGCGAUUAGAGUUGUAAGAACAGGAGUUUACCGGAAAUAUUCUUCGAUUCCAUUAUUUUUUUUCAAGAUUUUCGGAUUUAUUGUGAUAGUAUAUUCGUGUUGAUUAUUGGAUCCAGAUAAUUUCUUUGAGUGCAGAAGAUAAUUCUUUGAAAUUCUUAAAGUAAAAAGUCAGAUAAUUCAAAUAAGACUUCAAUUUCUUUAAUAAUUUCUUAUUUUAUCAUUUGUACCAACAAACAGUUCUUUUCUAGCCGUUACGUGAUUAUUAAUUUAUAAAUAUAGAGAUAAAUUUUAAACAAAUGCAAAUUUAAUAUUAUUGAAGUACAACGUAAAGACAAAUAAAAGUCAAACGCUAAUAUAGUGCAUAUAUUAACGAAAUCCGUACAAUAUUACAAAUAGAAACAGUUACAAAUAAAAAAACAUUUGCUUAAAAACAGACAACCUAUUAAUGUUAUACUUAAUAAUUUUGCAUUAAUAUACAUAUACUCGUAUACAUGCGGUUUAAUAUACAUUCGCAUUAAUAUGUUGUUGCAAUAAUUACAGUGUUUGACUUGUUGUUUAUAUUCUAUUAUUUUAUUGUCUCAAUAGUUCUUUAAUCAUCUAUUAUUUAAUAUUAUUCUCUGCUACAGAAGACAUUAUUCCAUGAUAUUCUAAUACUUUUACGUAAAAAUUACAAUUUAACAAUUAUAAAAUCUUUCAUAGGAUUGUGUGCAAAACUAUCACGUUUAAUGUAACAAUCACUCUGAUCACUUGAGCUAAACAAUUGAUUAAUAUAGCAAUCAUGUUUAUUAUUAUGACUAAUUAAUCGAGUUUCACGAAAUGUCAAUCCUGCCAUCUAAUCAAAUCAUAUUUAUAAUUUCCAUUGAUAAAGAUAGAAUCAAUUUCGUUCACUUUGGAAGCUUACUGUGUGAGUUUCUUCAUACUAAACUGUCGUACAUGUUGAAAGUAAUUGUACUUCCAACGGUUAUUGACCAACCAAUCUUGAACGAGUUCUUUUCUAGCUGUUUCAAGAUAAUUCUCUGAAUGAUAAUUUAACAUUUUUGUCAAAAAACGUGCGAGUUUUUCACUUAUAAUAAAAUAGUUAAAUAAGUAUCUUUUAGAUCGUGUUCUUUCUCUCUCUCUCUUUCGCAUUUUGAUAACCAUUUGUAUAUCAUCGAGACAGACCAUCGGCGAUCGCUUUAAGCGUACGUAUCGUUCAAUCGGUGUAUUUUAUGUGAAAAAUUAGGUGAAAAUCAGUGCACUCGAAAGAGCCGCAACAAGGAUGUGGCGAGAUCCUCCAGGUGGAGGGUACGAGAAACCCAUCUACGUCUUCGCUAUGCUGCUGCUAGCUACUAUCCUAGCAUUGACAACGGUUGUCUCGGCAGAAGAUGCGUCUAUGGGACCGGUGUUUGUCAAGGAACCGCCAAACCGGAUUGAUUUCUCAAACGGAACCGGCGCCGUUGUCGAAUGUCAGGCAAGAGGAAACCCACAACCGGAUAUCAUCUGGGUCCGUUCCGAUGGAACUGCUGUGGGAGAUGUUCCUGGAUUGAGACAGGUUUUGCCGAACGGAAAUUUGGUGUUCCCUCCUUUCCGUGCAGAAGAUUAUCGUCAAGAAGUUCAUGCUCAGGUCUACAGCUGUUUGGCACGUUCGCCUGCAGGCUCGGUACAUAGCCGUGAUGUCAACGUGAGAGCCGUCGUCACUCAGCCUUACAAUCCGGAGAUUUUGACCGAAUACGUUAUAAGGGGAAACAGCGCAAUAUUAAAAUGCAGUAUCCCGAGUUACAUCGCAGAAUUCGUUACUGUCGAGGCAUGGAUUCGCGAAGAUGGAGAGGUUUACCUUCCGGCGGAUCUUACGGUUGCGCAGGAUGGAAAAUACUUGGUGCUGCCAUCCGGAGAGCUACACAUCAGAGACGUCGGGCCCGAGGACGGAUACAAGACUUACCAAUGCCGCACGAAGCACAGACUCACUGGCGAAACUAGGCUCUCUGCAACCAAGGGUCGUCUCGUCAUUACUGAACCGGUUACCAGUACAAAACCAAAAUUUCCAAUGACAGAAAAUUCUCGCACUUUCACAACAUACACGGUGCAACGUGAGCAACCUCUAACUUUACCAUGUCCGGCUCAAGCAUUUCCAGUACCGAAUUACAGAUGGUACAAGUUCAUCGAGGGGACGUCGAGGCGUCAACCGGUCCAGCUGAAUGAGCGCGUACGUCAGGUCAGCGGUACUUUGAUCAUCCGUGAGGCCCGAGUCGAAGAUUCCGGUAAAUAUCUUUGCAUCGUCAAUAAUUCGGUCGGCGGCGAGAGUGUGGAGACCGUUUUGACUGUUACGGCGCCGCUGACCGCGGAGAUCGAACCAAGCACGCAGACUAUCGACUUUGGAAGACCAGCGACCUUCACUUGCACCGUCCAAGGCAAUCCUAUCAAAACCAUCUCUUGGCUCAAAGAUGGUAAACCUCUUGGAUUGGAAGAUCGCGUGCUAAGGAUUGAGAGUGUGAAGAAAGAAGACAAGGGAAUGUAUCAAUGCUUCGUAAGAAAUGAUCAGGAAAGCGCACAGGCAACAGCAGAAUUAAAACUUGGUGGAAGAUUUGAGCCGCCGCAGAUCCGUCAAGCUUUCGCCGAAGAGACUCUUCAGCCUGGACCGAGCAUGUUUUUGAAGUGCGUUGCCAGUGGAAAUCCCACUCCCGAAAUUACCUGGGAACUUGAUGGGAAACGGUUGUCGAACACCGAGAGACUGCAAGUGGGACAAUACGUCACGGUCAAUGGUGAUGUCGUGUCGCAUCUGAAUAUUUCGAGCAUUCAUACCAAUGAUGGUGGUCUCUACAAGUGCAUCGCUGCAUCAAAGGUUGGAGCUGCCGAACAUUCUGCCCGUCUCAAUGUUUACGGUUUGCCGUUUAUUCGUCACAUGGACAAGAAGGCAAUCGUUGCCGGGGAAACUCUGCGCGUCACUUGCCCUGUUGCUGGAUAUCCAAUCGAGAGCAUCGUCUGGGAACGAGACACCAGGGUCUUGCCGAUCAACAGGAAGCAAAAGGUCUUCCCUAAUGGCACACUUAUCAUCGAGAAUGUUGAACGUAUGAGCGACCAAGCAACCUACACUUGCGUGGCACGCAACGCACAGGGUUACAGUGCGCGUGGAACAUUGGAAGUUCAAGUCAUGGUCGCACCGCAACUAUCGUCUUUCACCUUCGGUGACGAAGCUGCCAAUGCGGGAGAGAUGGCGACAGUACAAUGCGCCGUGAUAAAAGGCGACCUGCCUAUCGACAUAAUCUGGUCGUUUAACGGGCGUGUGAUCGACAUCGCGAAUGGCGCAUUCGAUGAACACAAUUACGACAAUCCCGAUAUAGUGAUAAGCAGGAGUAGCAAACGGAUCAGCCAACUGACGAUCGAAUCGGUAGCCGCAAGACACGCGGGCGAAUACUCGUGCACUGCGAGCAACACAGCCGGAACCACUACCCACUCUUCGGUUCUUUCGGUGAACGUACCCCCUCGUUGGAUUCUGGAACCUACCGAUAAAGCAUUUGCUCAAGGAUCCGAUGCACGAGUGGAAUGCAAAGCCGAUGGAUUCCCCAAGCCUCAGGUCACAUGGAAACGAGCUGCUGGGGAUACACCGGGAGACUACACUGACUUAAAAUUGAGCAAUCCUGACAUUAGCGUGGAGGAUGGCACUCUCUCCAUUAACAACAUACAAAAGACUAAUGAAGGCUAUUAUCUUUGCGAGGCUGUUAACGGAAUUGGAUCAGGCUUAUCAGCUGUCAUUCUCAUUUCUGUUCAAGCUCCUCCGCAAUUUGAAAUUAAACUACGAAAUCAAACCGCUCGUCGUGGAGAACCAGCUGUAUUGCAAUGCGAGGCACAAGGAGAGAAACCAAUUGGCAUUUUAUGGAACAUGAACAACAAGAGAUUGGAUACAAAGAGCGAUCCUCGUUACACUAUUCGCGAAGAAAUCUUGGCCAAUGGAGUAUUGUCAGACCUGAGUAUCAAACGAACCGAAAGGAGUGAUUCUGCCCUAUUUACUUGCGUAGCCACGAAUGCCUUUGGUAGUGACGACACUAGCAUUAACAUGAUCGUACAAGAGGUGCCGGAAGUUCCAUAUGGUCUCAAAGUAUUGGAUAAAUCAGGACGUUCGGUGCAAUUAUCGUGGGCCGCACCUUAUGACGGAAACAGCCCAAUCAAACGAUACGUUAUCGAGUACAAGAUCAGUAAAGGUUCUUGGGAAACUGAUAUUGACCGAGUGCUUGUACCAGGCUCGCAACAGAAUGUAGCUGGAGUAUUCAAUCUGAGACCCGCGACCACGUAUCAUCUUCGAAUCGUCGCCGAGAACGAAAUUGGCAUAUCUGAUCCAUCUGACACGGUCACUAUUAUUACCGCCGAGGAAGCACCUACUGGUCCGCCAACCUCCGUCAAAGUAGAUCCUCUCGAUCAGCAUACGCUCAAGGUAACAUGGAAACCACCUCCGCGCGAGGACUGGAACGGCGAGAUUCUCGGCUACUACGUUGGAUACAGACAGUCGUCGGACAAACCGUACAUGUUUGAGACCGUCGAUUUCUCCAAAGAGGACAUAAAGGAGCAUCACUUGCAGAUAGCAAACCUCAAAACCUACACUCAGUAUGGUGUGGUCGUUCAGGCAUUCAACAAGGUCGGUUCCGGACCAAUGAGCGAGGAACGCAGGCAGCACACUGCAGAAGGCGUACCCGAGCAACCACCCCACGACACUACCUGCACGACUCUCACCUCUCAGACUAUCAGAGUGUCCUGGGUGUCACCGCCACUCAGCGCGGCCAAUGGUGUCAUCACCGGCUAUAAAGUCAUCUAUGGACCGUCCGACACGUGGUACGAUGAGAAUACGAAGGACAUUAAAAUCACGUCUUCCAGCGAGACCAUCUUGCACGGACUCAAGAAAUAUACAAACUACAGCAUGCAGGUUCUGGCUUUCACAUCCGGUGGAGACGGCGUUAAAUCCGCACCGAUUCACUGCCAAACUGAGCAAGAUGUACCUGAAGCUCCCAUCGCUAUCAAAGCUCUAGUCAUGUCUUCAGAAUCCAUUUUGAUCUCAUGGCGUCCGCCCAGCCAGCCUAACGGAGUUAUUUCUCAUUACACCGUUUAUACGAAAGCGGACAACGCAGAGGAGCCAACCAGCCAGAAAGUACCACCGAAUCAAUUAACUCACGAAGCUUCUGGAUUAGAUAAACAACUUAGAUAUGAAUUCUGGGUGACUGCUAGUACGAAUAUUGGCGAAGGUCAAGCUUCCAAGAUUGUGACUUUAGGACCAAGUGUUCGAGUCCCGGCCAAGAUCGCAUCGUUCGAUGACAAGUUUACCGCGACAUACAAAGAGGACGUCAAGCUACCGUGUCUCACCGUCGGCGUACCCGCACCGGAAGUAACAUGGAAGGUACGAGGCGCUACACUUCAACCGAGCGACCGAUUAAGACAAUUACCCGAAGGAUCGUUAUUCAUCAAAGAAGUCGACCGCGCGGACGCUGGAGAAUAUUCUUGUUACGUGGAAAACUCCUUCGGACAUGACACCGUGACUCAUCAGUUAGUCGUACAUGCUCCUCCGCACUCCCCGCAGGUCACCCUUACAGCUACCACUACCAACUCUUUGACGAUGAAGUUACGUCCUCAUCCCACCGAUAACGCACCGAUUCAUGGUUACACGAUUCACUAUAAACCCGAGUUCGGUGAUUGGGAGACCGUUCAGAUUAGCUCCACGGCACAGAAAUAUACUCUCGAAAAUCUGUGGUGCGGUUCUCGAUAUCAGAUCUACGUCACAGCUUACAACGGCAUUGGAAUCGGCGAUCCUUCGGAUAUCCUAAACACGCGCACAAAGGGAUCUAAACCGAUCAUUCCUGAAGCAGCGAGAUUCAUCGAAGUAUCCACAAAUAGUAUUACUCUACACUUGAGUACCUGGUCAGAUGGUGGCUGCCCCAUGUUGUAUUUCGUUGUUGAACACAAGAAGAAACUGCAACAGGAAUGGAAUCAGGUUUCGAACAACGUCAAGCCGGGUGGUAACUUCGUAGUGUUGGACCUGGAUCCCGCUAGUUGGUACCAUUUGCGUGUCACGGCUCAUAAUAAUGCCGGUUUCGCUGUAGCCGAGUACGAAUUCGCGACUUUGACAGUGACUGGCGGCACGAUCGCACCUCCUGUACGUAAUGGUGGUAAUGACAACACCGCGGACGUGAGACGAUACUUCCCGUGGUUACCCAGCUGGCUCGAUGUAAAUGUGGUGGUGCCGGUCGGUGCAACGGUCGUUGUCAUAAUAGUAGGAAUAGUUGUCAUUUGCGUGGCACUCUCGAGAAGAACUCGAGGCCCGGAGCAAACGCGGCUGCGAGGUAUCUCUUCAGCCGACGAGAAAUAUUACGAGGGACAAUAUGACGUAGUCUACCAGCAAACCGGAGUUGGCGGCGCUACCCUGGACAAACGUAGAUCCGAUCUUCGGGACGAAUUGGGAUACAUCGCGCCACCGAAUCGCAAGCUUCCACCCGUACCCGGUUCAAACUAUAACACCUGCGAUCGUAUCAAGCGAGGUACAGUUAUAAGUGGAACUGGCUCGAUAAGGAGUCAUUCGACGUGGGAUCCGAGGCGGCACAUGUAUGAGGAAUUGAGUCACUACCCACCGAACAGAAGAUGCCCACCGCCACCACGUAUGGGCAGCGCGGACGGUCUUUCGCACAGAGGUAUGGAAGAUGAGAUUUGCCCGUACGCUACCUUCCAUCUAUUGGGAUUCCGCGAGGAAAUGGAUCCGAGCAAAGCUAUGCAAUUCCAGACUUUCCCCCAUCCAGGAAACGGCCACUCUGGCACUAUGGGACCACCCGUAGGACAUCCAACUAACGCUUCUGCUCACAGUCGUUCAGGAUCUCAGUCUAUGCCACGUCAAAAUGGUCGCUACUCCCGAGUGCCAUCCCAAGGAGGCGGCAGCGGUACGCACAAUGUCUUUUCACCCGAAUACGACGACCCAGCUAACUGCGCUCCCGAGGAAGACCAGUACGGAUCUCAGUACGGACAGUACGGCGCACCUUACGAUCACUACGGAUCACGUGGAUCGGUCGGACGUCGUAGCGUUGGCUCGGCUCGUAACCUUCCCAUCUCUGGUUCGCCGGAACCGCCUCCACCACCGCCGAGGAACCACCAGGAUCAGAACAACUCCAGCUUCAACGACAGCAAGGAGAGCAAUGAGAUCAGCGAGGCCGAGUGUGAUCGCGAUCAGCUUGUCAACCGCAACUACGGCGUGAAUGCUCGCGGCAAGGACGGCAUGACUACCGAGGAGAUGCGUAAACUCAUAGAGAGGAAGCCAAACGAAGCUACCGCCCGGCAAACCGGCGGCCCCCACGGCGGUCACGGGGGACUCCUCACACCCUACGAUACUGUGGCAGUGUAAUCUGUAAAUCGUCAUCUUCCGUGAUCUUCCGCCUCUCUCGAUAGCCGGCGGCCGCGAGGAAAGCAGAUCCGAGAGACGCGGAAAUGAAGCGCACGCCAACUCUUCCCCCGGUGCUGUCGUCGGUCCAAUUUGCAACGAUUUACGAUAGAAAUUAGAGACGUCGUCGCGAGUAGAUAGAUUCGAUUUAUCGUAUAAGGUGUACGCGUAUUGAUAUCAUCUCGAGAACGUGAUUACGGAUGAGGAUCUUGGAAAGCCCGCCUCGCGAAAUGGGACCGCCUCCUUCGCCCUCGCGACCAUAUCACGCGAUUGUCCUAUUUCUCUUUAUCUUUCGCUCUCUUCGGCCUUUCCUUGUACUUACUCAAGUACGUUCGUUUGCAUUUGAUCCCGAGAGAAAGCCCAACUUUGAAACUGCCUUGCUUUUGAUCAAGUUUUUUGAAUCGAUUCAGUCAAUCGAUUAUCGGAAAGGCCAAACUUAAGACUGUCUGUAUCUACUGCCCUUACCGCGAAGGAGGCACAGCGAUUCGCGAGGUCAGCCAUGCUUCGUUCGUAAUAACUUUGAGACGAGUCCUGGAACUCCUCGCGCACACGUUCGACUACAUCGUCUGAAACUUUUCUCUUUUUACACCGACUGAAAGUGACUUGCGUUUUGAUACGUGUCUUCCUCGAUGAUGCGCGUUCGGACUCGACUCGAGAGUUGUGAAGAUACUUGACUACGACGCAAACUUAUUAAUCAACUAUCCAUCUUUGCACGCGAUGAAACAUCUUGAUUAUCGAAAGGGAAUUCAAAUCGUCGAACGUGCACGCAGGAUUCGAGGCUCGAGAGACUGCCGCGAAAGAGACUGUCCUGUAGGAAAGCGAACACAGUCGUCGUGUUCGCGGACGCUCAGCUGCGGCAGAGACGCGACCCGCGAUGGUGCUCUCGGCGACGGUGGAUUUAACGGGGGUCUUCUGAUAUAUACACACAUACACGCAUAUAUAUCCGGGAUAUGAUCCUAGGUUACAUUCGUCGCAGGAGUUGCGUAAUAAUGGGGGAAAAAAAAAGAAGAAAAUACGACAUAAAUGCGUAUACAUGAGAUUAGUUGGUCGCUUUUUAAGUCAUGGUUGUGCCACACUGCCGCUCCCUGCGGGCGUACGAUAUAUAGAUACAUACGUACACAUAUACUAUAUACAUAUACUGUACGAUUUAUAAUUUCGUAACGAAGGUUGUGUCCCCAACCCCCCCUCGCCCCCUAUCCCCCUUGGCGAUCGGUAAUCUUGAGUCUCGACGUCGCGGAGAGCAAGGUUUAUAGGGUACGUCGUCGCUUUUUCGUCUUUCGUCGCCAUCGUCGUCAUCGUCGUCGUCCUUCUAGCGAUCUAGUUUAGGGGCGAUCGAUUCGAGAUAUAUUCCCAUCGCUCGCUCGAAAGGGGAGAGAGACAAGUCCCGUACACACGAAAACACCGAUCGACUGUCCGUAGGAAGAACAACGCGGCAAGCCAUCGGAGGGAACGCUUCGAUAUAUUCUACACGGCAGGCCAGCCACACAUUUACAAUACAUACGAUACAUAUAACAUCAUCGUCACGCGCGCUGGAGCGUGCACGCAAUAUACGCCACACUUACACACUUGCUGUCGUCCUAUAUGAUAUAGAUAUUUAGUCCGCUGUAAACACCUAAUUAUCCCCCCGUGCUAAUCUUCUACGAUCGAUCUGCGACGUACCGUACGUAAAGAUUCACUGACAUCGCGACGAUGAUCGUUACAGGUGUAAGCGAUUCGAGUAAUAAAAGAAAGCUGGUUUAACGUAGAUAGCUCGUAAGUCGGACGGAUGGUCGCGAGAAGGCGUCGUUGGAUCCUCGCGACGAGGCGAGAUGUCGGGAUCUGGUUAAUGGAACGUACAUCUUAGUUUUAUCAAAGAUAUCUGGUCUGUCUUUCUGUCGUCCGCGAUUGGACGACUGAUCCUACGAGCUGGUCCGACGAAUGAACGAACGAAGCGGAUGCUUCCCGAGCUUGUUCGCCAGCCCGACGUCGCGCGGCGCCGCGGCCACGACGCCCCGUCUCAUAGUUCGUUUUUAUCACGAUACUAUUUCUAGAUAUAUACAUACAAAUAUAAAUAUAUAUUAUAUAUUAUAUAUACACUAACUAUAUAUACAUACGUUGUAAGUAGCUAUUUCUAGGUGUCGCAUUUGUUUGCCGAGGCGUUGCGCGAGCCGGCUGCCAGUUGGGCGACCGGGCUAAGAAGCACUCCCGCGAGAGAAACGACUGAUCGAGAAACGACUGAUCGCACGCGGAUUGCAGCACAUGUACACACACACCAAUCGUGUCUUCGCGUAUUUAACUCGGAAUCGCGUUGGAUAAGACCCAUAUCUUGCGAGCUAAGUGUUACCAUCGACUCAAUUCAUCUACUUAUUAAAUUGAUCGAGAACGAAAGAUAUUUCGAAAGUUAUUUGAUAUUAAUAUUCUACCACACACUUUCAUUCAUUCGAGCCGCAAUUAGUAUGGCCUAAAUUGCUACUGCCAUCGCUUGUUGUUGUACUCAGGUGACUGGAAUUAAAGUUAAAAAAAAAAGAAAAGAAAAGAAUACGCACAUUCGGGCCAUCGAGAGAAUUUCCGAGAUGCUCGAGAAGAGUUUCAAGGGUGCUUCGUACAUUCGAGUCGCUUCUGCCCUCGCAGAGGAAUUCCUACCCUCUGCCACUCUCGAAACUGGCUGCGCGGCUCGACUCGCCAACGCACUUUUACUCAUCAAUGUGAUUUUAAAAGGCUGCGCAAAAAGCCUUCGUGUCUCGUGUAUAUGUUACGAUCGCGCUCUUACCGUAAUUUAACGUAGCCAUAUCUCGUUCCCCCUCCCCCUCCCCCCCAAGUCACCCUUUACGACUUAAAGUAUCAUGUUCUACUCACGUAAUUCGCCCCUCCCCCUCCCCCAUCCCUUUUCCCUAAAAGUGAAAAACAUUGUCGCUUCGAAUCGCUUCCGAAUCUAACCAGAGCUAAUACGGCACAGGCCGCUAAUGAUAACGAUGAUAAUGAUAUUAAUGCAUUCGUAAUAAUAUAGUAAUAAUAUGAUCACGUCCGCGCGCUACCUUGGUCGCGGUUUAUCUUUUGUCUUUAAGGGAAGUGGACGUCCGCGACGUCGCACAGGUGAUAAACGUUUUUAUGUUAUGAGCGGCCCGGGAUGGCCGGCAAAAGGGGCUUAUGAACGAAGAGGCACUUAGCGACAAUCAGUUCAAAUCGAAUUUCGGCUAAAUAUUAAAUGUUUCUCGCAGCUGAAACGUUGGUAACGAGUAAUACGAAGACUGACACAUUUUACGUCCACUUUUGCUUGUUCACCUCUCUCGUUCUUCGCGGUUGCUUUGUCCUCACAGUAGCAUCCAGGUAAGAUCGAUAUCAUUUGCCACUCACAGUACCCCUGUUGCCAGACAUCCCACGAGCCCAUCGUUCGCUCGUCGCGCUUCUCGUGAUCAACGUUAUACUGCGAAAUUCUUUGCAAGACUCGACGUUACUUUUUUUUGAGAGACGCCGCGAAGCGUGUCGCUCGCUUGUGUAUGCUUGAUUGAUAAUAUGCGUUGAAAGCAUUUGGCUGUUCUUUUCGUACGACGGCGAACGCGGUUCUUCGAGGAGCUCGUAAGUCUCCCUCUCCUUCUCGCCUUUCCCUUCUAUCGCGUCGCUUGUCAAACUCGAAGCGUUUCCUUCGCAUCCUUUUAACGAUCCCUGCGCAUGUGCGAAAGAAUCGCGAGAACGCGAUAUAUCUCAUUUAAUAAAUGGAAAAGUAAAGAGAGAAAAGAGAGAGAAAGAAAACGCGUAUUCAACAUUCUUCGCACUCGAGGAGACUCGAGGAUCCGCUCGCAGUGUACCGUUUCCUCUGAACGCCACUACUUUAUGUUUUUGUACCAAAGUUGUAGCGUCUAACUUUGCGUUGAAUAAAUAAACCUUAAAACGGU